ACGAACGCACUCGCAAUCCUGUCAAGGAGACUUUUUGCAGGGGUCGAGCAUCUCGGAGCACUCACGCAGUAGUGCAAGGUUUGGCUCCCUAUCGGUCAACAACAUCGCAGCUGGCAGGGGCACCAACUAAUUUACCAACAAGUUGGUUUUUCCCUUAUGUCAUUCCUGUAGGGUCUUUGCCAGACCAUGCUGCACCUUUCUUUUCGGAACAAAACUCUGCCAUGGCUUAUUUAUUUUUCAAGAAUGUGGAUAUGAAAUGAUGCGUCUCAAUAACGGAUCAUGGCUAUAAUUACUUUGGAGCUCUUAUUGCACAGGUGCCGGUGGAAUGUCACAUUGAUGUGAUAAGUUAGACAAAUUGGAAUUUUACAAUUUGGUGUUUCUGCUUGUUAUCUCAUCUAAAUACUGUUUUUUGUUUCAAACUGGGAUCUCAUUAAAUUCUGUGACAUUCUUUCAACUUUGGACUUGUUUCCGUUUGAGGGAAGACGUCCGUUGCCAUGGAUACGGCUUUGUUACUUCUCGUUCUUCUCAACCUGAUCGCACUCACAUUCCCCGCAGCUAUUCCGCCCAGGAUCCCGCGCUUUCUAAGAGAAAGAUUGCACAUCACACACAAAGAAUAUAACUACCUCAUACGUAACGGCUAUGUGACGCCGAAAAAAUACGAGUUCACCUUCGAACCCGAAAAAGAUGUACCUGUCGUUACUGAUGCGAUCUCAAGGUUCCAAGAGUUUUACAAGAUACCAGUCACUGGGGAGCUGGAUGAGAGGACGAGGGGUGUGAUGUGGGAACCAAGGUGCGGUUAUCCAGACAUCGGAGAAGCGUUACAUAACGAGACGCUGGAGAACAGGGCGGGGAGAGGAGACCAUCAUCGUGUUCGACGGUAUGACAUCGCAGAUGGACGGUAUAAAUGGGACACAAGUCAAAUAACUUACAGCUUAGUAAAUUUCCCAACGCGAGGGGGCAUCAAACUCUCUGAUCUUCGGAGCACGGUAAAACGCGCUUUCGAAGUCUGGAGCGACGUCACACCUCUCGUGUUCACCGAGCUCCACGGUCACCAAGUCAACCAGGCCAUGAUAAGGAUAGCUUUCCUCAAGGGACGUCAUUCGCACGACCUCGAGCAUCCGAUAUUUGAUGGGCCCAACGGCGACCUUGCCCACGCUUUCUCGCCCAAGAGCGGAUGGGGCGAAGUCAACGGCGACAUCCAUUUCGAUGACGACGACGUGUUCACCCUUGGAAACGAUGAUAGAGGCUACAAUUUCUUCCAGACGGCAGCUCACGAGAUAGGCCACGCCCUCGGGUUGGAUCACUCGAAUGACCCGGAUGCACUUAUGUGGCCUCAUUAUCAUUUUAUGAGAAACUUCGAGUUACCUGACGAUGAUAUCAGAGGGAUCCAAGCUCUGUAUGGACCUAAUCCCAACCCACCUCCACGUAAACGUAAACCACGAAAACGUAACCAAAAACGCACGAAGACCAAUCCUAAAGUACCUAGUGUAAGAAUAGACCAGGGUAUAAGACCUAAAUCAACGUUAGUACGACAGCCUCUGAAGAAAUCUUACUGCACAUCAGGGUACAGCGCAGUAACUUCAAUAAGUGGCAGUAUCUACACGUUCAAGGGUAAAUUUUACUGGCGGUCAUGGCGCCGAUUACUGGUAACCCCGAAAGACGGUCGUAAGAUUAAUGAUAAAUGGUACAAUCUUCCUGCUAAUAUCAGAGCAUCGUAUCAGAGAAGGGACGGGAAGACAGUCUUCUUUAGAGGUGCCAAGUAUUGGGUUUACUUCGGUUCACAGAUGGAGCCUGGGUACCCCCGACCAGUAGCAGAGCUUGGUCUCCCUAAGGGGGUAGAUGCUGCCCUGUCCAAGACCAAGGCCAAGACCUUUUUCUUUAAAGGAGGACAGGUCUGGCGAUUUGAUGAGAGGAGGAAGGUGGUCGAUAAAGGAUAUCCCAAGAAGAUUGAAGAAGUCUUCACUGGUCUUGGGGAUAAGGUCACGGCAGCUUUUCACCAUGAUGACGGAAACUCUUAUUUGCUUAGAGGAAAGAAGUACUAUCGUAUAGCCAAAGGCAAGUACAAAGUUGAUCCCGGCUACCCCAGACAUUUUACCAGCGAUUUUCUAGGAUGUGCGUCGGUAACAGCGUAACCAUGGCAACAAUUUUACCUCAACGAACCUUUGAUGUUGCUGCGAUUCCUCGUCGACGAGUAACGAACUUUCAAGGGAUGUUGACUUUUGAAAACAUUACACAAAUGAUUGCAUAUCAGUACCUUAUUUUAUAGCUCUAAAAUUUAACCGCUUGCCGAAUGCACAUGAUGAAGACAACAGGUGGCGCUAUUAACAUUUUGGAAAUAUCACAGAUUCAUGAACGCUGAUGAUCUUCAAUCCGUUGCAGUCCAUUUAUGAUUGUAUCAAGUCAAAUUCUUAUCCUUACUGAAUAUAGGUGAUAUUCCCGGUUAAAAUGCGUUUUUAUUUUGUUUUGAGUAUAAUGUAUUGUCCAAAAUAUAAUAAAAAAGAAGUUAUUUUUAUCCUGAAUCUAUGGUUAGACCACACUCCACAUGGAAGUGUGAUGUUAAAUAUUCUGAUAUCAUUGAGUGAUAUUACUCUCAAUCAAAACUCCCCCCCUCAAAAAAAAAUAAAGAAAUAUAUUGUAUGCGCAUACGUAAUAAUGACUGGAAUAGACACAGUUUCGUGGUAGCUCAAUGUUCAAACGUUGACAUAAAGAAUUGCUACAGACUAGUGGGCCUUAUUAAUCAGAAAAUAACUUCUUUUCCUGUAAUUUGCAUAUCAUAACAACGAAAGUAAGCAUAAAUUGUAACCAGAAUAUUAGACAGAUUAGGGCUCCAGCAUAUUCUUUUUUCCAAAAACAUCUCAUUAUCAAAGGCUGAAUAUUUUAGAGUUUGUAUUUCUAAAGAUGUGGAUUAUUUGAAAGUUAUUGUUAGUGAUCUAAAGCAUAAAUUGAACAUUCCUCAAAAAGAACUUUCAUGACUA